GCAUUAUUGGCAUAUCAGCUGUUGCUCGCACGUGUCGUUUUGUUUACAACUUUUUUGUUGCAAAAAAUGAAACCAAAACCGCAGAAAAACACUGGCAAAUUUAAUAAAAAGCCUGCCAAAGCUGAUCAAAAGCAUAAGCCCAAUUUUAAACAGAAAUACAAGCAAAAGAAGCAGGACAACAAGCCCAACAAGCCGGAAAUACGUAAAAUGAUACGCCAGCAGAAGGCUGCCGAAGCUCAGGCGGAGCGUGACAAGAUCAAGGCCGAAAAGGAGGCACGCAUCAAGGCAUACAAGAAGCAGCGCCUGGAAAAGACCAAAGCCAUCAGCAAGCGCACUCAGCGCGGCCAGCCACUGAUGAAGGAUCGCAUGCAACUGCUGCUCAAGCAAAUCGAGGAGAUGAAGGGGCGCCAAUGACAGGUAGUGGGAGCAAGAGCAAGAUAUUCACAUUGGUUAAGUUUGUGUGAAAAUAGAAAACAUAGUUGAAGUUAUAUAAUUAAUUAUAAUUAACUACAAGCAAGUUUAAACCUACAAUAGAUAUUAAAAUUGUAUGAAACUA